AUGGCAGAAGAAACCGGUGCAAAGAGACUAAAGUCGCCCCCCCUGAUCGGCACCCACAACGGCCACUUCCAUGCCGAUGAAGCGCUUGCUGUCUAUCUUCUCCGCCUGCUACCAGCCUACUCGACAUCCCCCCUCAUUCGAACCCGCGAUCCGGCUCAAUUAGCCACCUGUCACACUGUUGUUGACGUGGGAGGGGUGUACGAUCCCUCCCAGAACCGAUAUGACCACCAUCAACGAUCUUUUGAUACAACAUUCCCACAGCACCAGACCAAGCUGUCUUCUGCUGGAUUAGUAUACAUGCACUUUGGUAAAGCAAUAGUAGCCCAGCAUAUGGGGCUCUCCACCGACCACCAGGACGUCAACACUAUUUACGAGAAGCUUUACGCAGAUUUCAUUGAAGCACUUGAUGCACACGACAAUGGAAUAUCUGUCUACUGCCCCAAGACCAUAUCCAAUGCGGGCCUAGAGAAACGAUUCCGAGACGGCGGAAUCAACCUUGGUUCGUUAAUUGGUGAUAUGAAUCUCUGUGGGCCAGGUGAGAAACUAGACGAAGACACACUUUUCGCUAGGGCCAGCACUUUCAUCGGAGAGACCUUUUCGAGGAAGCUUCAUGCCGCCAGUAGCAAAUGGUUGCCGGCUCGCGCCACGGUCUCACAGUCUUAUCACUCUCGCUUGGAAGUUCACCCUUCGGGAAAGAUAUUACUUUUAGAGAGUUCGGGAAUCCCAUGGAAAGAACAUUUGUACCGCUUGGAGGAAGAGGCCAGCAAUUCAGCUACAGAAAAUGUGAAUAAUGAAGUCUUCUAUGUCAUAUACCCAGAGUCAAAGGCCGAGGAUACCAACUGGCGCGUUCAGUGUGUUCCAGUUAGUGAGAGCAGUUUCGAAUCCAGAAAAGCACUGCCAGAAACAUGGCGUGGUGCGCGGGACUCAGAGCUUGAUAAGAUUAUAGCUAAGGAGAUGGAAGAAAAACAGCGAGAAGAGAUACCUGAGGGAGCUAUUUUUGUCCAUGCUAGUGGCUUUAUUGGAGGACACAAAAACAAGACAGGGGCUCUUGCGAUGGCCUUAGAAGGCCUUAACUAG